GAGGAUAAACAGCAUAGCACCUUGUCCUUCCGCCAAAAUCGACCUUUGGUACCUACAGUGACCUUCAAUAUCACCUCACUGCUGCCAAUCUCUAGUCCCCAAACUGAAUCGUCUGCUUCACACAAAACUCAGAUUCAAAGGGAAAUGCCUAUAUCUAGAGCCGAUCGUUCUUGCGAAAACCAGACAAAUCAAACAACUCCCUCCCAAUCCAAAACACAGCGACCGCAGAAACGCCAGCGUGAGCCAAAGCCGACCCCAUCGUUAGCCAAAAAACGCGGAAAACUGCGAGAUGCUCUUGAAACCCCAUUAAGUGGAGAACCAGAAGAUCGCCGUCGUAUGCAGAUUCGCCUAGCGCAAAGGGCGUAUCGCUCUCGUCAGCAGGCAACAAUUACAGACCUCAACAACCGCGUUUCCCAGCUGGAGACCAUCGUAGAUCAGAUGAGCCUUACUGUUCUGUCAUUCAGCGACCAGAUAGUUCAAUCUGGGGUACUGGAGUCAUACUCCGACCUGACAGCACAUUUACAUGAUACGAUGAAGACCUUUAUUUCUUUGGCAUCCGAAGCAAGCCCCGGCCACGAGACACAGGUUCCUGAUGUCCCCUCCCACAGUGAAGACUUGCCCCAGCCUUCAUCUCCCGACCCAAUACCGGCCCCGUCACCUAACAUCCCUCUCCCUUCGCCCCCGAAUCACAGCGGAUCAGAUCAUUUCACCAGUGACGCCUUCUCACAUACCUUCCAAUCAACAGGCGUCCCGGUCAUAGAAUUGCCUGAAUUUAUUAAAAGACUGAAUUUGGCAUGUCUCUACCAGGGGAACUUGGCUCUAUGCGACCAGUCCAUCGGUUUAGAUCGUCUUCAAAGGCCGUUCGGGUUCCUUUUCACCAUGAUGAACCGGGAGCGCCUCACAACUUACUUUAAAGCGAGAUUAGAUGCCGAAGUAAGCCAGAAACCGUUAGAUGGGUGGGAGGAAGUUCCCUUCUUCAGCUUGGGUAGUGCAGGAACCCACUAUCCCCGACUCUUAAUGCAGAGCCAGGCCGCAGGCCACUCUUUCCGCGGUUAUCAUGAAUGGGAUACGGUUCAGGAUCCCUUGUCGCUUGUCUCGCCAGAUAUUCAAGAGCAGCUAAGAGGGAAUUGGUUUGACUUGCAAGACCUUGAGGGAUUCCUCCGGGAGAAGGACGUGAAUCUGCUUUUGGGCUCUGAGAAGCCAAACCAAGUCUCACCAACGAAGACCGCUAUCAACAUCGCACGUCUGGUACCAGAACUAAUAAGCAGGGGAAUCUGCUUAGGUCGCACGCCUGGAUUUCAAUGCGAUGAUGUAGAAAAGGCCUUGCAGCAUGCAGAAAUCUCAUAA